AUGGAGUUUGCAUCGAUCAUUCUGCCGCGCUCCCAUGAUGACAAGCCCCUUGCAAACGAGGACAACCACAACGAGCUCGAGGCUGAGCUUGACGACAACGAGCUCGAGGCCGAACUCGAUGACGAGCUCGACGACGGACUUGAUGCCGAGCUCGACGAAGGACUCGACGACGAACUCGACGACGGACUCGACGACGGGCUCGACGACGGGCUCGACGACGGACUCGACGACGGACUCAAUGGUGUCAUUGGCGACUUUACCUCGCUCGCUCGAUUCCUGGAGGCGCUCCCGAGGUCAUCGCUGGAAGAGUUCACUCUCGCCCUGAUCAAGCAUGAUGAGGCGAGUCUGCUCCCGUUCGGCAUCAAGCUCGCGAAGGCACUGCAGCUGCGAGCUGCAGCCAAUGAGGUGUGA